AUGUCUUUGGAGAAGCUCACGUCUGAGGGGGAGCACCGAUAUGUAAAGAUGCUGGGGGAGCCAACGAUCCAGUCCUCCCAUUCUAUACGGCUGCAGGGGUUGGAUCAGGAACGGAUUUUUGAAGAACUGCCCAAGGCCACGAUCGUGUCGGUGUCGAGGCCCGAUGUUAGCGACAUCAGCCCCUUGCUUCUCUCCUACACCAUCGAAUUCCGCUAUAAGCAGGUUCGUGUCUACUUCUGUUUUUUGGAUUUUUAUUUUCUUGUGCCAUUUGCAGUUUGAUAAUUUCGGAUCGGAGGCACAGUGCCUCUGCAUGGGAGACUUUUAAUUAAAAAAACUAUCUUGUUAUAUGCAGUUUUUUUCAGGGAAUAUCCUUAAUGCCCUCAAUUUUUGCAUGUCUAAGAUUUAGUAAUGUUGAUCACUCUGGAGUUAUUCGUCGGCUGUCACUAGUGAUUAAGUUCUUGAAUGCCCCUCCAAAUUAGAUUUUUGAAACGAAGUAAUGGAGACACGGAAAUGUGAUGUCCUUUGCUAACUUACCAGUAAUGUGCUCAUCUUUUGUUAGAAGGAUCGAAAGGCAUAUUAUCCAUGGAAGUGUGCCAUUUGAUUUGAAUAAUAAAAAAGAGAAUGAUGAUUGCCUCUCAGUAUAAUCUAUUUUUAUGGGUGUCGGUUCUUAAAUUAUAACCUUCCAUUCAAUGAGACAGAAAUUGCAGAUGGGUUUUACUUCUGUUGCAAUUUUUGUUGCUGACUUUUGCACUUUUGUUUUUGACUGAUGGAACCUAACGUGAGUAUUUUGCCCCUGUAAAAUCGAAUUACCUAUCUGGUUCUUUGAUGGUUGAUUCGGAGUCUUUAUCCUGCUGAUCUGGAGUUCGCUCUUCCUCAACCUUUUCCAUUUCACCUUCUAGAUAAAAGAACACACAGGAAGGGUCUUUGAUGAUCUCAAAUGGCAAUGGUUAUCCGUAACCUAUUUUUUCUAUGUCAUAUUUUCUGAAGUUACAAUUUAGUUUUUUUGUGAUUGAAUCAUUUUAUACUGAUAACGUUUGGAUCAACCAAUCAUUUAAUCUCAAGAGUUUGAAAUCAGAGCAACAGAACAUUCGUGUUUAUUUGUCUUUUCUGAUUUUUUUGUAUCACCUCUUUUUUAUUUAAGUUGAUAAAUAUUUUGGAAAGUUUUCGUUCUGACUUGGCCAUUCCUAUCAACUAGUUUAAAUGGCGGUUACUGAAGAAAGCAUCACAAGUUUUCUAUCUGCAUUUCGCAUUGAAGAAACGUGCAAUUAUUGAAGAAUUACAUGAGAAACAAGAGCAGGUAUGCAUUGUUUUUACUUUUGCUUAUCUUGGUUUCCCUGUGGACCACGCAAAUCAUCUUAACAUUGCUUUUUGGGUUGUGGCAUUCAUGCAGAAUUUCUUUCUAUUGUGAGCUCAUAUUACCUUUCAAGGUUGUUCUUUGGGCUGAAAUUGUAACAUUGGUUUCUCCUCAUUUAUAAAUUGUAUGACAGGUUAAAGAAUGGCUUCAAAACAUGGGGAUAGGAGAGCAUACCGCUGUAACACAGGAUGAUGAUGAACCUGAUGAUGAUGUUGUUCCCUUGCAUCAUGAAGAAAGCUUUUCUUUUAAAAGCAGGUAAAUAAACUCACCUCCGUUCUCAUGAUAUCUAUCCAUUUUUCCUUUUCCUUAGACAAAAACCACUAUGUUGUAAACUAAGCGCUUAGAUAAAUGUAUUGACAAACCGUACAUUUGGAAAAUCAUGCUUACAAACUAAGCGUCUUUUUCUCAGGUUCAAAGGGCACCCUACCUAGCCUUAAUGAAUUUAACUACCUUUUGCUGUGUAUCUCACAACGAACUCUUUCCGAUGAAUUUUCUCCAUUUUUAAUUAAAUAUAUGAUUUAUUAAUUGUUAAACUAUUUCUUUAUGCAUAUCUCAUGAUCAAACGAGCAAUAUAUCAUAAAUAAUCAGCUUAUAUCACAUACAAAUGCCAACACACCAUCCUACUGAUGUAUUAGCUAUUCUGAAGAAUAGUUUAGAAGUGAAAUAUUAUUAAGGAUUUUGAAUACAGCUGAAAUAUGUAAAUGAAAGAGCAAGUAUCCUAAUCUAUUAGAUCUGGUUAUACUAUGUUCAUGUAGCUAAGCUAAAGUGAUUUUUUUUUUUGUGUGAGAUAUGGCUUGCAAUAUUGCAUUAGCGUUUAUAAGGGAUGGGUCAGACAGACACCUGAAACCCUUUAAGCUGAAUCAACUAUAAUGUCAACCCUCGCAGAAAACAGACAAUUGAUCACACUCCUGAAAAAUUCCAUUCAACGUAGUUCUCUUUUCGUGCAUGGAUUCGUUUGGGUGUUUUGGUUUGAGGGCAUGUGUGUGUUUAUUUUGAGGGAAGAUCGCUAUCAUUCUUUUUCUGAAUGAACAUCAUCAACUUUGAAGCGUGUAUGCCCUAUCAAUUUUGAAAAAGUACUAUUUUUUUAUAGAAUUAUUUUAUAAUCAAUGAGCAGGGAUGCAGAAGAGCUAUGUAGAUCUAAAUUAAACUAAUUUAUUUGUUGCAGAAAUGUUCCUUCUAGUGCUGCUUUACCCAUCAUUCGUCCAGCGCUUGGAAGACAACAUUCUAUCUCUGAUAGGGCAAAGGUUGCCAUGCAAGGAUAUCUAAAUCAUUUCUUGGGGAACUUGGACAUCGUUAACUCACGAGAGGUAUGAUGUUUGAUCUUUUAUUGUAUUAGUUUCUAGAAGAAGAGGAGAAAUUUUCAUUUCUCUCUGUAUCAUCGAGGAAGCUGUAUAAUACAUAAACAUAACAAAAUUCUCAACAUGUCUCCCUCUGUAAGCAUCAAGAACCUCAUCUCUCUGAUGCGGUUCAUAUAAUGCAGCAGCUUGGAAAAGACAGAUGUUGCUGACAGUGAAGCACAACACUUCACAUAUAGCCUCUUUAUCCAAGUCAAAUACCCUAUUGGCUAUGUGAUCCCACGGCAUAAAAUGUUUCAAGGGUGGAGUCUGUGAUUAAGCUCCUAAGCAAUUUGGAAUCUCUAAAAGCGAACCAUAUUGAAUUUAUCGAGACAUGUGCACCCGGUAGGUGUAUGCUAUGUCUGGUUCGCUUCAACGCAACCAACCCCCCCAUCCCCCCUAAAAAAUAAAAUAAAAAAACAAAAACAAAAAAAGAGAGUAAAAAAGGAAAGAAACUAAAAUCGCAACAGGACCAUAAAUUAAAGCAGAAGGACUUCUAUCAUAUCUUAUCAGAUUCUGCACUAUGUAUGGUUUCCAAUAAGAAAUCCGGAAAGUUUUGUCUAAUUUAAAGAUUCCUGCUUUGAAUAAUUGAUAGAUGAUAUUUCUGAAAUGAACACUAUCCGUUUAUCCAUCGCUCAGUUAUAUGGAGAAUGUACUGCUGCUACCUGCCAUUGUUUUCAUGAUUUUGAGACUCGAACUUUAACUUGGGUGCGGGAUAGAGAUCCUUGAAUUUUUUAUGGUUGCUUGGAAAAACACAGGUCUGAUAUUUGAGAAUUUAUGUCAUCCGAACCAGGGAAGUUGUGUGUAUCAUUGGCUUUCAUGCUUUUGACUGCAUUAGACCCACUUGACCUUGUGUGUAAAUACACAGCUGAGUAAGUCUCAAGUUGUAAUUUCACUAGUUGAGCACUUCUAUCAUCAUAUACCUUUAUUUGAAAGUCGUUUAUAAAAUGAUGACUGUAGUGUUCCACCUCAAAGUUGAGGAACCCAAAAGUUCAUAGGUUGCAACAAAUUAUUCAGGCUUUUUAGAUCUUUAUGGUAAAAUAUUUGUUUUUAAUGCUCACCAUUAGUAAAUUAUUGGCAUGAUAUUAGUCGGGAUUAAUCAUCUGAUAGUUAUACAUUGUAUUGGAAGCAAAAAUUUUGCUUAUCUACUUGUACUCAAACCAUAUCUAAACCGCAGGUUUGCAAAUUUUUAGAAGUAUCGAAGUUAUCAUUUUCCCCAGAAUAUGGACCUAAGCUGAAGGAGGAUUACGUAACAGUGAAACAUUUGCCAACAAUUCAAAAAAGUGACGAUGAUAGAAUGUGUUGUGCUUGCAGUUGUUUUGGUUGUUGUAAUGGCAACUGGCAGAAGGUAAAUACUAUAUUCUGGUUUCAAGGUUUAAGUGCUCUAUAUGCCUUUAUAAUAUGUGUGAUUGAUAUAGCUGAAAAAUAUUAAUGUGCUUCAUUAUUUCAAUGUUUCCAAUUGGGUUAUUUUAAGAGAAUCCCCUGUUCUUCCCUUGGGGAUGUUGUAAAUUUGUUGACUUAUAGAAUUCGUUGGAUUUCUUCUAAAUUUGUUUGAUCUUGUUGCUGAUCAUUAUACAUUAUAACCUGACCUUGAGAAUGCUACUAAUUAUGUGAGGGCUUAUCUUAGAAUAGUACAAGUGGCCAUGAAUUUCAAAUGGAAAAUUAUUUUGGAACUAUGCAAUGCAAGACAUUUUCUAAAUCACCAUGGUGUAUCUUUAUGGUCAUGGAUCUCGAUCCGAAAACUUUUGUCCAAUUCUUCUUUUCCUCCUACAUCCCUUACAUUUGGUUGGCGUAUAGUAUUUCUCAAAACACGUGAAAAUUGAUCUGUUCCUCUGCUUUUUUUUCAUCUUCAUUGGUUCCUAUGGAACAUUGUGUUGGUUUUUUGUUUGUCGCUCUAGUUUUGCCAAUAGAUAGAUUUCUUUUGUGAAGAUUUAUCUGUUUUCUUUUAUCUGCACCAAUUGAUGAUUGUUGUUCCAUUUUUUCUGUGAAGAAGUGGUGACUUCGGUUAAAUUAUUUACUUUGAAAAAAUUAGGAUCCCUCUUGGUUUCUGAUCUGAGCCACAACAAAAAUGCAUCUUUCAAUGGGCUUUUUGUAGGACUUAGACGAGUUGAUUUAGUUUCUUCCUCAACCGAAUUCCAAACAUCCCUUUUCCUGGUGUCCAUGGAACAAAUCCACUGUUGGCCAUCUGUGCCUCAUCUGGGCUGACUGCAUAGAUGAGACUUAAACGACAGGCCGCCAGAAUGAGGCAAAAGGAGCCGCAAUGAUGUGGGUGGUGGGUUUCAUUUAUGAAAAUCGAUCCUGUAACCUCUUCAAUGACAAUGAAGUAGGAUAUUGAUUGAUAGAUAUACUCAUUUUCUUGAUUCUUCUUUGGAGUAACAUAGAAAUAAUAGUAGUGAUAAAUAUAUGUAUUUAACAUUUAACUUCGUUUAGCUCCAAGGGUUAGGACGGUCAUUGUGUAGAAAGGUGGCUUUGAUCUGAGAGCAUGUAAACUAGUGAGUUGGGGCGGUUUAUUGAUAGCAAUUGAUCCUUGUACGAUAAGCAUGUAAACUAGUGCUUUCUGUGAUAAUAGCCUAGAUUUGGCCGAAUUUUUAACUUGCAUGGGUCAACAUUGAUAACAUUGCUUUCUGUGAUAAUGUUGCUUCAGUGAGAUUUCCCCAUCGGGGAUCUCUUGUUUUAACUACCAGACACGAGUCUCAGCUGAGUUGGCCCGCACAUGUUAUCUUCUACGAUUUUCUAUAUUGAGUCAGCUGAUUGCCACUCACAAGAUGAAUAUUUAUUGAUGCUUGGACUUGGGGUAACAUAUAGAGUCAAGAAUGGCAGGCAUUUUUAUAUAUAUACGAACUAGAUUUCUCAUAGACUGGUGAGUUGCAGGUCAUAAAUGGCAUAAUAUAUGUGUGUCCCUUGGUCAAUGUCAUCAUUAGAAAUGACCCUUACAUAUUCAGUAAGUAAUAGUGUAUUACUCAUGGAACCUUUGGCAUUCUUUUAUUUAUUCAGAGGUGACAUUUUACAUUACUACAUGCCUGUGUCAUAUACUUGCUUCCAUGUCUUGUGUGCCACUUAGAGCCUUUCUGAUGAAUUGAUGCCUCGUAUGCAGGCUCUUGAGAUCUUACUUUUUGUUUAUCAGUUCAUGAUUUGCAACUUUAUGUAUUAUAUGUUCGUUUAAUGUAUCAUUUAUCUAACGUGUUGCAUUUUUUAAAUAGUGCAAUGAUUAUUAUAACAGUGCACAAUGUGCAGGCGUGGGCUGUACUCAAACCAGGAUUCUUAGCUUUGCUGGAAGACCCUUUCAAUGCCAACCUUUUAGACAUAAUUAUUUUUGAUGUCCUACCCCAUUCAGAUGGAAAUGGAGAGGACCGUAUAUCUUUGGCAAGGGAAACAAAAGAGCGUAAUCCCCUACGCUAUGGAUUUAUGGUGAGAUAUUGCAAUUGUUUCACAAAAUGUUUAGGCAAAGUCAUGAGAAAUCUUUGAUGGACAAGCCUUGAUAUGUUAGGCUCCACUUUUUAUCCAGGUUCUUUAGCAUGCAAGUGAUAUUUUAAUUUAUUUUCUUAUAAAGAUUCACUAUCCAUGUCAUUCUCUCCUUAAAUUUGAUAAGUAAUGGGUUGUUGGUAAAUUGUUUCAUUUUCUUUGACAAGUUGACAGAUUCUAUAAACAUUAACAUAAGCAUCAAUAUCAUCUAUUGAUGAAACGAGGGACAACCUUUUUGGGUCAUGGACCUAAUUCCUCAAUGUCCUUCUAGAAGAAUUAAGAAUCUUCUUUAAAAACGGAACUAGAUGAAAGUAUAAUCAUCAUAAUGAGCCAGAUGUUAAUUUUUGAUAUAGCUGGUGUUUGCUAUGUUUUUUAUGUCUUAUGUGAAUAAAUUAUACACGCUGAAAAUAAAAGUGCCCGACAACAUAUUUUUUGUGAACAUAUAUUCAGUAUUUGACCCACUUAAUUCUGAAAGGUUUCUUGUGGGAGUCGGUCAAUCAAAAUAAGGCUGCGAAGUAAUACGAAGGUUAAAGACUGGGUUGCUGCAAUCAAUGAUGCUGGCCUAAGGCCUCCAGAGGGUUGGUGUUAUCCUCAUAGGUUUGGAUCUUUUGCCCCACCAAGGGGUUUGACUGACGAUGGUAGCUUAGUUCAAUGGUUUAUUGACGGGAAGGCUGCAUUUGAUGCAAUUGCUUCAUCUAUUGAAGAAGCAAAAUCCGAGGUCCAAUUUCUCUUUUAUUUGAAUGAUUUUUGUUUGCAAUCAUGAACACAAAUUAUCUGAAAAAUGGAUUUUUUACGCAGAUAUUUAUUACUGACUGGUGGUUGUGCCCUGAACUUUAUUUGCGACGCCCUUUUCAUGAGCACGCAUCAUCACGGGUUGAUGCUUUAUUGGAAGCAAAGGCAAAGCAAGGUGUUCAGGUGCUUUUUCUAUAAAUAAUGAACACAACGAUUUUGUUCCUGUGUUGCUUGGAGAAAAAAGAGGUUUCAUAAGCUUUCAAACUGAAGAUUUUCACGUUUUUGUUUUAGUAGCCUUAGUCUGUAUGGGAAAGGUCUAUGCACCCCUUUUAGGAAAUUUAUCGAUGUCUAAUUGAAAGGAUGUAUUUGAAACAAAUAGGCAUUGGAUAACACGUGCCCAAUUUUCUCUACAUUCUUUGGGAAAGGUAUUGAAUCGCCACGAUAUGAAUCACCAACAGCAACAGAUGGGAAUGAAAACUAUUCCCGGGAGGACACUCAGGACAUGUGAAAGGAGUAGUUAUUCACUCUUCUUAACGAUAGAUCCUGGAGAUUUCUUGGUUCAUAUAGUAGUGAUUUAGAUGGCAAGCCAUCAGAUAAGGCAGCUCAUCCUGGGCAUACUCUAUAGACUGUAUUUUGAACAAAUAAAUUAUUAACUCUUCGACCCUUCCUCUAAUUAUUGUGGAGUUUGAAGUUUGAUUCUUGGCCAAGCUAGUAGUUUUAAAAGGUUUGCAUCUUCUUGUAGCUACAGAGAGAAUCUAAGAAGAGAAAAAAAAAAGCUUGGAGUGAAAGUAGCUAUCGUAAAAGAAAGUGCUGUAAACCAAGGGCUCCUUGUCAGUAUCUCUGUUGCUACUCCGCAUGUCUCCUUCCUUCCGAAGAGUUAAUAUAGACAUUAGAGCUGGGAGAUGAUAAAGACAUUAGAGCUGAUACCCAGAAAGAGAGGAUCUUAUCUCUGCUUUGUUGGCAUUUAGUGAUUCUUGUCGCCAUGAUCAUGCCUGCGGACUUCAGCAAUAAAAGUGUGCAAUAUUGGUCUCAAAAUGGUGUCAUGUAACUGGUGCUGAUCUGUCCCAACAUCACAGUAAGAAUCGUGCUGUCAAUAUAUAGUCGUAAUGUACAAUGAUAUCGUUUACGAAUGCUAGUCUUAAUUUGUGUAGUCUAUAUUUUACAUCACUGCACUGAGGCUUAUUUUUUCUUCCCAUGUAAUAAACUUUUUCCUCUAUAUUUUGGGUGGUAUUCGUCUAAACAAAGGAUGGUAGAAUCGAGUCGAACCUUGAAUCUCGUUGCCCAAUUUUGAUUCACAUUUAAGCAGAUUGGCCCGAUUGUGAGUGUCCAAUUAAAGGAAGCUCUGUUAGAAAUGAAAGGAAUAAUAUUUGACUCUCUACAGGCUAUGUAACUGUAAACUAUUGAAUAAAUACGAAAAUAAGAGUCCUUCUGAAAAAAAUUGACGAAAACAUUUACAACUGUUUCAGAUUGCAUAUAGCCAAAGGACCCUUGUGUUUCUAAGUUCAUUCGGUUAAUUAAUUUUAAUAAUUCGUUAUUUAUAAUAGUUAUAAAAACAUUUCAUUUUUAUUUCUCACCUAGUCGCUUAGGUAAUAAAGUGGUAGACUGUCUCGUUAUUGCUUUUAAACCAUGGUGUAAUGUAAGGGUUCUCACGAAAAUGCACUGAACGAAAACUGUUUCAAAAUCAAUUCAAGUCUUUUGAUUCUCAGUCACAAUAUGGCUUGUUCAUGCUUUCUUUUUCAAUUUUAUUUCCUGUUGGCAAAUUGAAAGUUAUUCACAGCCCUAGUCUGCACAGACACUUGUAUUUAGAUUGACCAUUGGCAUUGUUUGUACGUUGAGAAUAGUAUCUGUUAUGGAUGUCUUAGUUUGGUAAAUAAACACUUCACAAAUCAUUUUCUAAUUAAUUAUAUAAAAUAGAUACUCUUGAACGAUAAUCUGACUUUUCAUUUUACUUAUUUAUAGAUUUUGUCAAUUUCUGUGGUAAUUUCUGAUGAAUCCAUUUUGCAGAUUUAUAUCCUGCUUUACAAAGAAGUUGCACUUGCUUUGAAAAUUAACAGUGUGUACAGCAAACGAAGAUUACUGAACAUUCAUGAAAAUGUGAAAGUCUUACGUUACCCUGAUCAUUUCUCAUCAGGUGUAUAUUUAUGGUAUGAUAUGAAUUUGAUUUUUUUUUUCAGUUUUAGAAAAAACCAUAUUAAUUUCGUAUAGUUUGAUAGCAUCAGCGUACAGUCUUUUCAUCUUUAUGUUUUAAAAGUGAUCUGAUACCCAAAUUUGUUUCUUUGUUAAGGUCCCAUCAUGAGAAGAUCGUGAUUGUUGAUCAUCAUAUUUGCUACCUUGGUGGACUUGACUUAUGUUUUGGUCGUUAUGAUACCCCUGAACACGAGGUCACCGAUUGCCCUCCUUCAAUUUGGCCUGGGAAGGACUAUUAUAACCCCAGGUGUGUUAUGCCUCCUGUUAUGGAAUAGGAUGUAUAAAUUUAUUUAUUUAACAAGAAAUAUAUUCUCCAUUUUGAAUUCCGUUGGCCGAGAGAGGUUGAAGCGGCAUAAAUUAUUUGUGUAAUUUCCACUUUUAUUCUGUUGUAUGACAAAUUGUCAUUAUCUCCCUAGAGAGUCUGAGCCAAACUCUUGGGAAGAUACCAUGAAAGAUGAACUGGAUCGUGCAAAGUAUCCUCGAAUGCCAUGGCACGAUGUUCAUUGUGGUCUCUGGGGACCACCUUGUCGGGAUGUGGCAAGGCAUUUUGUUCAGCGCUGGAACUAUGCAAAGGUUUUGUCUUGCCUACAAUUUUUGUUAAUAGAAGAUUGAUCUUCUCUCUGUCCUUAUUUAUUGAAUUUUUAUUCUCAGAGAAAUAAAGCUCCAAAUGAGCAAGCCAUCCCUUUACUUAUGCCACAGCAUCACAUGGUUAUUCCCCAUUACAUGGGAAAAAACAAAGAUGCAAAUGUUGAAAGCAAGAUUCAAAUUGAGAAUCAUGGUGAUUUGAAGAGGCAAGACUCAUUUUCCGCUCGAUUCUCUCCCCGAGACAUCCCUUUGCUUUUACCUCAAGAGGGUGAUGAACAACAGAUUUCAAAUGGAGACCAUAAGCUACAUGGACAGGAUACAUUCGACAGUCUUCCCGGACAUCCAAGAAGAAGCGGCCAAAAUAUCAGCUUCUCAUUCUUUAGGAACAAAGACGAACACUCAACAUCAGAUAUGCCAAUGAGGGGCUUUGUUGAUGAUUUGGAUUCUACACACUCUCAGAAGAAGCACACCGAUGUUAUGACCCAGCCUGCAGUCCAGGAUCAGGAGUGGUGGGAAACGCAGGAAAGGAGUGGCCAAAUUAUUUCUGCCGAUGAGGCAGGCCAAGUUGGUCCCUGCACUCCAUGUCAAUGUCAGGUUGGUUGUUUAUGUUAUUCCUUGGAUGAGACUAAUAGAUGACAUGUAGCAUCUUGAUUCGCUUUUCUUGGUAAAAAAUAUUGUUUCUAGAGAAAAAGUAAAGAAAACAACGCAGGAAAGGAAAACUUUAGUAAUUGGCCAUUAUUUCAUGUUGUAUCACUAACUCGUGUAUGUUAAUCAGCAAUAAGUACAUCACAGUUAUUAAUUCAGUAAGUUCUAUCAGUUCACUAACUCGUGUAAACAGUGUGCUGACACUUUAGAUUCCAAUUAUCCCUGGCACAAAUGGAUUGUGUAGUUCUUCGCCAGAAGCUCUACACAAUAGAACAUGCCGAAAUUUUCUUGCAUUGUCUACUGGUCAGUUUUGUAAUAAAAUGGAUACUAACAACUGUCAUAGAUUUCCAUGAUGAACUUCUGUGCGUUGAUUAGCAGAUUAUUAGAAGCGUUGGCCAGUGGUCUGCAGGAACUGGUCAUACUGAAGAGAGCAUUCACAAUGCUUACUUUUCUAUUAUUGAGAAAGCUGAGCACUUUGUUUACAUUGAGGUAAGGAUUUAUAUUAUCUUAUGUUUGAUUUUUAGUCUGUUCAUAGGCUAGUCAUAUGGUAUUUUUUUUCCUAUCAUGAUCCUAAAGAAUGCAGUCUUAUUUUUACAACACUUACUAUUGGCACUAUGAUUCGCUUUGUAUUGAAGGACAAAUUCAUUUACAAUAAUCAGCUAUGACCACAAAUAUGAGUUCAGUAUUACUUGUGGAUCAGAUCGGAUUACAUCAGAAGUGAUUUUUUUAAUGAUUACUGUAUAAUCUAAGCAUUACCUUUUUCUCUGAGGUGCUACAAUGCAUGCAGACGGCGAAUUGGAAAAGAUAAUACUCAACAUUAGAUUUAUUUUUUAAAAACGUACAGUACCAUGUAUUGAUUGAAAUUGAAAGAGAAAAUGGGGAGAGAGUGUGUUAAUGUGCAUUUGAACCAAUGCAAGAUGAUCAAAAGCUAUACCAACAGCUAGAUGAUGAAGAAUAUACUAAACAGUUAACCAUUACAAGAUGAUCAUCUCUUCCCAUCUUUAUCUGUCUUAGCCUAUUCUCUCAUUCCUUCACGUGUAAGUGUUCAUGCUGGCUGACGACUUCAUAUUUUUAAACUUUAUGAAAUAUCACUUUAUAUUUGUGUUUUGGAGUAAUCUAGUGUCAAAUUAACUGUUCAUAUCUUUCCAGAAUCAAUUUUUCGUGUCAGGUCUUUCAGGAGAUGAUAUUAUAAAGAAUCGUGUUUUGGAAGCCUUGUAUCAGCGUAUCAUGCGAGCAGAUAAGGAAAGAAAAUGUUUCAGGGUUAUUAUAGUUAUACCUUUAUUGCCUGGGUUCCAGGUAAUGAUUUGAAAUAGUAUUUUUUUUUUCCUCUUAGCCAAUGCUUUGACACUUAUACCUUGGGAAUCAUAUUCCUUUCGAAAUCUGCUUUCUACAGGGUGGGGUGGAUGAUGGCGGUGCUGCAUCAGUAAGAGCUUUACUGCACUGGCAAUAUCGAACUAUUUGCAGAGGGCCAAACUCAAUAUUGCAGAACCUUUAUGAUGCAAUGGGUCCAAAAGCACAUGAUUAUAUCUCCUUUUAUGGUCUACGAGCCCAUGGUAGGCUUUCUGAUGGUGGCCCUUUGGCAACGAAUCAGGUGAAGAUGGUUCUGCGUAGUUUUCUGGACGAUUUUUUUCAUGCUACCCGUCAUGGUGCUAAUUUUUUAUCUAGGUGUUUUUAGAAUGUAUCCGGCGAGGCUCAUCUCAUGUCGGAUUCACCUUAUUUGUGGAGACAAGCGUAUUAUAAGUGCAUGGAUGCAUAAACUUCCCGUGUUAGUUUCGAAUUAUGGAAACAUGGUACUGAAUUAAAUUCCCACGACCCAAAAAAUUAUAGCCAUGCAGACAAGGCAUCUGUUUAUGGUGGUCAAUUAAAAAAAUAUAUCAGAAUAAAUGUCCGUCAUCAUUAUGAUUUCAAGAGAAUAGAGGAAAACUAUGCUUUAAUUGGACUUUCUCUAGAUAGAAACUCAAAACAUUGGCGUGAUAACAAAAAAAUCAUUUUCGAGGAAACUAUGAACGUAGAUCAUUAAGCAAGGUUUGAGAGAUACAUUGAUCUAGUCUUUUCUUCGAGCACUUUUUCAGUGGAAAGCUUAUGUGUUGAUUUUCUACGGGUGUGAUAACAGUGUUUAAAUCUGGUAUGGCUUGGGAUGUAAAUAUUCAUUUUAUUCUCUGUGCCUGAAAAUGCUAUAUCUCUGAUACACUGAUUGUGGGAGAAAAGUAUUUGGUAGAGUAUCCAUUUGUGGCUUUCACUCUAGUUUUUAGGCAUUUCGUUUUGCUCCCAAUCUUUUUGAAUGUAACAUCUUUAUGUUAUCAGGUGUAUGUUCACAGCAAGAUAAUGAUCGUUGACGACUGUGUUGCUUUGAUUGGGUCUGCUAAUAUAAACGACCGGAGCUUACUGGGAUCAAGGGAUUCGGAGGUACCUUAGUGUCAUCCUUGUUCAUCUUUUUUCUUUUCUAUGGGCAUAUAUAACAAUUCGAUUAACUUCUGUACCCUCACGGAUGAAAGUGAGUAUAGAUAUAAAAUAUAGACGAAAUAGAAUGCAUUACAAAGCGGAAGAAAAGAAGUUUCAGUUUAAAUGGGAUGUAGAACUGGCCAUUCCUGACGAGAAAACUGAAUCAGAUUUAGCCUUCCUAUCCAAAUCAGCCAGUUCUAGUCAAACGUUGGGGUCGGCUUGAAGGGCACCAAGAUUCAAUCCUAUCACUUAAAGCACCAUUAAAAGAAUUGGCUAAUACAAGAAAAGUUCUUUUUGUCGGCAUCCCUCCCUGACAUGGAAUGAAAGAGGGGAUUAAAAUAUAAUUGAUUCUCAUCCUCAAAACUGGAAUGGUUAACUUGAGCAUGCUGAAGUUUUUCGGAAAAAUUGUUUUGAGGGAGAAAUGUUUAUUUCGAGAUGUCACGGCCCUUGUCUUUGGAGAAUUUUCAUAUCCUUUCUUUUCUGAGAAGCAACUGGACGAUACUUUAUGUUUGAUGAAUAAUUCAAGUUGCUUGAUCCGGCUUCCCGAAUGUGUUACAUUCAGAUAAUAAUACUGACAGCAUUAUUUGGAAGUUAAGACCGUGGUCAGUGACGUCUCCAACCUUCGUACAGCUUAGUUAUCGAAAGUCCAAGGGAACCUCUGUAUUUUCUGCAGAAACUGUCAUUUAAGCUAACUUUGAGACCUUUCUAAUUAAUUAAUAUGCACACUGUGCAUCCUUGAAGCUGGCUUGUUGGAGAGAGGAUAAACUAAUGAGAUGGGUAAAUAGAAAGAGGGGGAAGUCUCACAGAUGAUGCAUAGCUAAUGUUGUGUUUUAUUUUUUCCUCCCUCUUUCCCUCAUUUUGAUCGAAAAAAUAAGAGAAAGAAAGGGAGAAAAAGGAAACUCAGAAAAUUCUAGGAAAAGCACUGCAGUAAAGAGAGGGUUGAAUCUGUUGAUGUUUAAGUGGAAGUUGUUAACACUGUACUCAUCAAUGAUAUAGAUGCUGUAUCUUCUGCGGCAAGGGGUGUAGUCUGGCAUUUUAUGCUUUGUUUCAUUUCUAUUGUUCCUUUGUCUUAUUUUUUCGUCUUUACUAUCUUUCAAAAUUAAAAUCUGGCCCUGACCUUUAAGGGGAUCUGAUGUCCAAGAACAACGUUAAACCUGAAAUCUUUUGUAUUAUCACUUGUGUCUUGGUUAUGAUCUUUAGCGCAAUAUUUCUGUUUAACUUAAGAAACAUGAACCUCCUUCAUUCAUUCACUUAAAACGUUGCCUUCAAACCUGCUAAUGAGUCUUCUGUCACUCACUUCCUAGAAUACCCGCCAUACUCUUUUUCUGAUUUUACUUAUAUACUCUGUAGUGUUUUUUGUUUUUCGUACCAGGGAUUAUUUUUGGUGGCCUAUCUUCUAGAAUUCCCUGCCCAUGUUUUAUUUACAUUCUUAGCUCAAACUGCUUUCUAUUUGCGUAUCAGAAUUAUUUUAUAAUGUGCUUUAAUUUCGACUGUUCACUAGUUAGUGAUCUAUUCCUGACCCAGGACUUUACCAAUUUUUGAACGAUCAUGUAAUUCUUAUGCUUCCUGCUGUGUUUUACCAAUGGAGCAUCUGUGGUAUUUGAAUUUUCAUUAUUUUUCUUAAGCAUUUGUGGUUUUGGUAUUUCUUGCACAGAUUGGUGUGCUCAUUGAAGAUAAAGAAUUUAUUGGCUCUUAUAUGAACGGAAAACCAUGGAAAGCUGGAAAGUUCGCUUUUAGUCUCCGCCUUUCCUUAUGGGCGGAGCACCUUGGUCUUCAUAUGGGCGAGGUUAGUGGAUUUAAUUUUUACAUUGUUCUUAUUCCCGUUUUCCAUUUGUGUUUGAUAUGAUUUCGAGGAAAUUGGUAUAUUGCAUAUUGUUGAUGUGUAAAUUUGGAUAAAAUACAGUUCAGUGAUGGAGCUUCUUAUUCAGUGGUAGGAAAUAAUCUUCUUUUUUUACUUUCUCUUCUUUAAUAGAGGCUCUCUGUCCUCUUCUUAUGGUGAGAAAAUAUGAUUGUUCCUUGGGAUGAUUUAUCUACAAUAUUGUCAAGAAUCUUUUAAUCAGUCAGUUUCACAUGAUAGUACAUACGUUACCUAAGGAUGACAGACUGUUUUUAUGUAGAAUGAAUGAGAAUUAUGUCUCCAAAUGAUAUUCCCAGUGCAUUGAUCUUCGCUUCUGAAAAGAUUUUUAUUUCUUAUUUUUCUCCUCCAUGUUCUACUUUGGUGACCCUAUACUCAAGGGUGGAGAAAGAAACCAGAAGACUGCCUUCAGAUUCUGAAUCCAUUGGCAAGUUGACAUAAAAUCGCACGAAUCAAGUAAAAAACUAAAAUCCUGUCUAAUUAUUUGAACCGUCGUGGGAUUAGUAUGCUCUGGAUUUUUAGUUACAAGUCCCAGUCAAGCAUCGGUGUUAUAGGAGUCUGUGUGAACAAUAACACUGAAUGUUGCCAAGAAUGUUCUUUAUUCAUUUCCUUCAGAACAGAAGAAUUAAGAAGAAUUUACCAGUCUUUAUCAUAAUUAGCUGGGCUGGAUCACCUGUUGGGGUAUGCUAAUUGUAUAGAUUCCUUCACUUCAUAUUCAAAGCUAGAGAAAGAGAUUUCCAAAUAGUAUUUUACCAUAUUCCACAAAUCGGUGGUCUAUUUUCCAAGUUCCAAAUCGGUUGGGAUUUUUUUUUUUCAUAUUACUGGCUGCCGGUCUUCCAUCGGUAAUAUUUCAUUAGAAUGUCUUAUUUAAGUGGAUUGUGAUUAUACCACGAGAUAAUAUGAUAAUUUUGCCCUCUCAUUUCUGCAUUGGAAUUUUUCGAAGAAUACCGUGUCCACUAUUCACUGUCCCCAUUUUCUCUCUCUAUCCGCUUCGGAAAUCAUCGUUUCCCAUUAAUGAUGUCCCUCCGAUAAGGGUUUCCUCAGCUAAUGGCCAAUGGCAGUUAACCUUUAUCAUUAUAAAUCAUCCACAUUAUAUCUUUUCCCAUCAAUAUCAUGUAUCCUCCCAAAACUUUGAUUACAGAAAUUCAACAUGUAAACUUGAAAAAAAAUGGCUUCCUCACAUAUGUGUCUCCAAAGUGAUGAGGGCGAUGAUGAGCUGCUAAGAUAUUUAUUCUGAAUAUUCUCAUUUCUUUAAUACUCAGUCAUGACGAUUAAAAUAAAGAUCCCCCUUAUAACAUCAUCUCAUGAGCUUCAUUAGAAACUUCAAUCUUGACUGGUCCCACCUCAUUAUUUUCGACUUCACACACUAUCUAUUGCUUCGAUAUGGAGCCACCUUUAUCUUGGAUCAUUCCUUCUUAAAGGAGUUCUUGAUAGCUUCUAUCCCUUUCUCAAUAGUCAGCAAGUUUUUUAAAAGCCUAAGUUGUCGUGAUGAAAAAGAAAUUUUGGCCAUUGAUUCUUUUACAUGGAUGAAGGUUGACACAGCAUUCCGUUGACAACAACACAACCAAGAGACAAAGGCAUGAGGUGAAUCUGUCUCAUGCUUCUCAUCAAUGGACAGCAUGCAGUAAGAUUUAGAAAAGAAGGGAAUCAUUCUCUGAUUCUCUUCUAGACAAGGGAGAAAGGCAGAACAUGAUCAAUCUUUGUCAAACCCAAUUACCCAAGUCGUGUGCAAGGGAUGUCCCCACACAAUAGUGUGAGUCACGAGCGUCAAUAACAUAAAUCUAUGAAUUGUAUGUACGCCCAAAUGAGCAAAUGAAAAAAAAAAGUACACAGUCUAGCACUGCCUAUGCUGGGUUGUCGGAGUAAAGGCAACUGUAGCUGAGCUUCUCGUUUUCAGGGCUUCGCUUGAUGUUUUGCUAUUUCGUACUUCAUUUCUUACUGCUAAUGCUUGCCGAUUAUCUGUGGCAACACAUCUCGCUUCAUGUUCUUGUCAUGUGUUUGCCCGUGAGUUUUAUAAGGGGAAAGCCAUGUAUUUUUAAUGUUGUUACACCCGCAAUUUUGGACGCUACUCUAGUCUUGAUGUUGAUGUUGCUUGCGUUAAUUUUCUUUCCCCUUUAUUGGAUUCCUUAUGAAAAGUAUCACAUGUUUCUGCUGGAGCUGACCGGCCUUUCUCCAAUGCCCUACAGAUUAAACACAUCUGUGAUCCCGUGGCUGAUACUACAUACAGAGAUAUCUGGAUGGCAACAGCAAAGGUAAGGGGCCAAAACCAUGCAAAAUUUUCUGGAGUACUGCCACUUUUUCUGCGAACAUUGAUUGUACAGAGUAAAUAGUUCAACUAUGAUGACUGCAGUUGGUGGAAAUUAAUGCAAAAACAGGUUCGGUUUUUCCAUAAAUAUCCUCAGCGUUUUCACGGAGUGUUUCCGCAAAUAAUGCAUAUUUUAGAACAAAGAAUGUGGUUACUUGUUUCUGCACUCCCUUUACCGGAGAUGGGUAACCAUCAUACCAUAGUUGUUCAGAUUUCAGGAGCAGUAUUUUCCAUGGUUGAUGUGUCAGCUCUGUUAUAGUAUCACCUUCAUUGAAGAAGGUCUCUGGAAUAUAUUUGGUGACUUUCUGAAAGGUUCCCGUGGUUGAGAGCUGAUGGGCAGAGAAAAAUUCCUUCUUUAUUUCAUUCCCAAGUAUCAGCUCAUGAUAUCUUUUAGACCUUUCACUCACAUUGCAGUUAUACUACGCUGUUCUCAUACUCCAUUGUCGGCCGUUCCACCUAUUAAUAUUGUCUCAUUGCCCAGAUCUUAAAAAAGGAUGAGAAGACACCACUCCAGCCGUUCAAAAGCUUCACAUAUUAAUGGUUUCUAAUCUCGUCCUCUGUUUUUCUCCAUGAACUUGGAUGAGUUGUUCUUCUGGCACUCGUCAGUUUACAUCGCAUAUAUAAACUCCAUAGUUUUUCAGACCAAGCCAAGCCUUUUACUUCUAUCAGGACUUUAGAUUAGGAUUGAUAUCACAAAUAUGAACUUAGACCAAUCCAUGUCAUUGUGAGUCACGCAUUUAUGAAGUUAAUUUUUGUGAAUAAUGGAAAGUCUGAUGGUAGGUAACAUGCUCUUUCAUGUUUUUCUCAUCUCUUUCUAAUAACUGUGACUCUUCUUUCAGACAAACACCACUAUCUAUCAAGAUGUAUUCGCCUGCAUUCCAAAUGAUUUCAUUCCCUCCAGGUCUCUUUCUCUAUCCUGAUUUCCUUUCUUGUGUUGUCUGGCAUUCUCUCUCUAUCCUAAGGUGCCUUUACCCUUCAAUUAUGUUGUUGCCAUACAGGGCUGCUAUUCGACAGAGCAUGUCAUACUGGAAGGAGAAGCUUGGGCACACCACCAUUGAUCUGGGGAUUGCUCCCGAAAGGCUGGAGACUUACCAUAAUGGGAACGUCAACGCGACAGAUCCCUUGGAGAGAUUACAAUCGGUGAGGGGUCAUCUUGUUUCCUUUCCACUGGAGUUCAUGUCUCAGGAGGAUCUGAGACCCGUCUUCAAUGAGAGCGAAUUCUAUGCAUCCCCUCAAGUUUUCCAUUAA